GAAAAGUGUUUGAUGGUAGCGGAGCCCGGUCCGAUCUAGUCGGCCGGGUCUUCCGAGUAGUCACGCCAAGGAGGCUGGAGGCCAACCAAGUUUCACCGCAUAAUAGCUUUUCUGCGACUGUUGUCCUUUUGUGCCUCUGCUGCAGUUUACUCUGCCAGAUCGGCAGCGUCGCUGCACUUCACUGUGCCGACGCCACAGUUUUCAGCGUAAGUCCCCCUGGAGCUGGGGCAGCACCGGAGCCUGAGGGCAGUUUUCCUGGGUGGCUGCAAGGUGAGCAGCGUGGCGCGUGGUUUGAGGAGCCGAGCAAGUAUUUACCUGCAGGCUGGUGGGAAGUUGAUAUGGACAAUGGUGCUGGAGAUGCGGCUGCAGUGGCUGCACAGCAGGCGGCUCAACAGCAGGCCGCAGUGACUGCACAGCAGGCGGCCCAACAACAGGCCGCGCAUCAGGCUGCGCAGCAGGCAGCCCAGCAACAGGCCGCAGUGGCGGCACAACAGGCAGCCCAGGCGGGGCAGGCUGGAAUGGUUGCAAUGGAUCAGGUGGACCGGCUGGUGAGACAAAGGCUGGAACAGGCUUUCAAUGGCGUUUUUGGUCGGCUGCUAUCCACCACGGAGAAGGCAGCCCAGGCGGCGGAAGCAAACGCAGCUUCGCACAAGACAGAUAGCAUGAUGAAGGGCUUGAAGGUGGAUGUCUUUAGGCCGACGACGAGGGAGGAAGAGCUUCGAGGCUGGAAGGAAUGGUGGUUUGGGUUUUCUACAUAUGUUUGCGGGCACGACCCAGCCUACGAGGAUGACUUCAAGGGGAUCGACCUUGCCGCGGAGGUGGACCAGAGUCUAAUGAGCGAUGCCGAGCUGGAGCGCAGCAGGAAGCUUUAUAGCUUGCUGUGUUCCCUGCUGAAAGGGAGGCCGCUUCUCCUGAUCAAGGGCCUGGAGGGCUCGAAGAACGGCAUGGAAGCAAUUCGCCUCCUACGCAAUGCUAUGGAGCCACAGGAAAAGACGAGGAGCCUGGCUCUUCUUCGGCAGCUCGCGGGCUGGACUUUCCAGGCCGGCGUGGGGCUCCAGGAGCAGAUUGUGAAGUACGAGGAGGCGCUGAAGAUGUACGAGGACGCUGCGGGGAAGGAGUUCCCUCCAGACCUUGUGCUGGCAACCGUGGUCAAUGGCUUGAGGGACCCGCUCAGGAGCCAAGUCCAAAUGAGAAUGACGAGCCGCACCACCUAUGCCGAGGUCAAGGAGUGGGUGGUGCAGUACGAGAACAUGAAUGCUCCGUGGAGUUCGUCUUUGCAGGGCGGACGCGGAGGAGCGAAGCGAGACGAGCCGCAGCCGAUGGAAGUGGACAUGGUCAAGGGCAAGGGCAAGGACAAAGGGAAGAGCAAAGGAAAGGAUAAGAAUGGCAAGGGCAAAGGCAAGGAGAAAGGGAAGCAGAAGGGCAAGUUUGGUGACGGCAAAGGCUGGAGCAACUGGCAUGACCAAGGAGCAAAGUGGAAGCAACAGCCGGGGAGCUACAACAACAAUGGUGGCAAUGGUUCCUGGAACACUGGCUGGGGAACCAGCUGGAACGGACAGGCCUGGACUUCGGGGAAGGACAAGGGCAAGAGCGGAAAAGGAAAAGGCGUGGGAGCUGGCUGUGCAAUUUGCGGCGACCUGCGGCACUGGAAGAAUGAGUGCCCAAAGGGAAAAGGAAAGGGGGUGAACCAGGUGGAGCAGCAGUCGUCGUCGGCAAGCUCGGUGGCUGGGACUUCAACGGCUGCUUCGUCUACGCCCUCCUCAGCGUCAGCUCUCAGAGCCCAGGUGCAGUACGGGGUCAACCGUGUUAGCACGCACUUCUGCGGCACUCCCCCGGGCUGCAGGAUAACAGAGGUUUUCGAUAUCUCCGAGCUCGAGGACGAGGGCGAGUUCUCCCUUGAGGCCCCCGACGUCUUCAUGAUAAGCGCCGUGGGCUUUGCCGACGGUUUCUUCCAGGACACAGCCACCAGCAAGGAGAAGGUGAUUGAGGUGCCCGAGGGUGUCCCGGUGUUCUCCAUGGACCAUACGGACGGCGACGGGAUGUACACGCUGCCGGGUGAGACGGGCAAUGUGUUUGAGGUGCUGGCUGUUUCCAGUGGGCCCUUGGAGGUCGACGUGGUGAUAGACAGUGGGGCUGAUAUCUCGGUGGCCCCGCUGCAGUUCAGGGGCCUUGGGUGCCCCACCCGCCGCUCAGGAGUUAUCAUGCAGGACGCGCAGGGCAAGCAGAUCGCUGAGGUCGACACCCGCAUCCUCGAGGUGGCGGUCAAGACGGUGGCCGGGGACGAGGUGACGAUCAGAGAGCGCUUCUGCAUAGCCAAGGUGCGCUCAACAAUCCUUUCGCUGGGGCGUCUUCUGCGAGCAGGCUGGCUUCUUGGAGAUGAGUGCGGGAAGCCGGUCAUUCAGCAAGGGCCCCACAAAGUCCCAAUACGCUUGCGGCGCAACACCCUGACGGUUGGCGCCAUGAUCUCUGAAGUUGCUGUGCCAGAGGAGAACGACGAGAACGAGUGCACCAAGGAGGCCGAAACGCCAAGGCGGGGCAUCAACAUGUUGACCUUCGACGAUAUGGGCCCUUUGCCUCCAGAGCUCGAGGAUGUCAUGGCGACCCCUGGAUGGCACAUAGUGCCAAGCGGCUUGCCUGUUUUGGUGAGCCAUGCCACGGAGGAGCUUGAGCUGGAGCGUUCUCUUUGGGAUGUAGAUGACUGGGCUUGGGUGGCAAUUUUCGUGAAGCUCGAGCCCAGCAAGGGGCUUCCCACGGCCGGCGACGUCUGGGUGCAGGCCAUGACCAUGGAGACGGUGAACUUCGAGGCUGCACCCAAGAAGCUGGAGGAGAUCGACGAGGAGCUCAAAGGAAAGCAUGAUGUGGUUAUGGUGCUGGGCGUGGAGGAGUUCCCCAAGGACCUGCUUUCAAGCCCGAGAGACUUCUUCAAAGAGCCGGUGACCGGAGAUGUGGCAAUGCCGGCUGGAGACAAUGGCGGUGGAAUGGGCGACGACCCCCUGAUUGAGGUCGGUGCCGAGCGGACACAUGAAGCCGAGGAGCCAGACGAGGUUGAGGAGCUCGAGGGUGUCAGGUUGGAACAGGCCACACCCCUAAAGGAACUUCGGCAACUAUGUGACAAGCUCGGCCUGGCAAAGUCGGGCGGGAAAGCAAAGGUCCUGCGUCGGCUCAGGGAUCACCAUGAGAUCCUGGAGAAGCAAAUGAGUGCGGAGAUCGCGAAGAAGAUGUUCCAGGAGGCAGAGAGGAACCCGGAAAUGCCGAAGAUGCCCAAGCUUCCCAGUGCGGCCCAGCAGCAGCUGCACAAUGUUACGCACCAUCCCUUUGCCGCAUGGUGUGAGGCAUGCGUCUUGGGGAGGGCAAAGCAAACACCACACCCAAAGGAGGACCCCGAGAAGCCCACCGAGGAGACCCGAAAGACGAUCAAGAUCGAGAUUGACUACUGCUACACCUUUACCAAGCAAAGGCAUGAAGUUCAAGAAGGCGAAGGCGAGCAGGGAAAUGGAGAUGCUCGGGCAGAUGCCGAUGAUGGGGCCCAACGGCCAGACAACGCCCAGGGCGAGAGAGGGCCAGAAGAAGGAGUCGAGGAGAAGAUUGACUACCGCGACCAGUUUGGUUUGACCCUGGUGGCUGCUGAGAGCAGCACGGGCUGGCUGCUUGCAAUCCCGGUCCUUGAGAAAGGGGCUGGGGCCCUGAAGCGCGUUGUGGAGCAGCUGGUGCGACUAUCUCUUCAAGUUGCUCCUGGCCAAGCCGUGCUCUUCCAGGGCGACCCCGAGGUCUCAAUCCGCCAGGUGAUCAACGCUUGCGAAGCUUGCCGGGCAAGGCUGGGAUUAGCGACAGAGAAGAGAUGGGUGCCGAGAGGAAGCCAUGCCAGCAACGGGCAGGCUGAGAAAGCCAUCCAGACCAUCAGGACCAACGCCUUGACCCUGAGAUCCUUUGUGGAGGCGCGGAUUGGAGCCUCCAUUGAAGGGCAACGGCACUUCUUCCCAUGGGUUAUGAGGCACGCGGGGUACUUAUACAACCGUUUCGCGGUCAACCCGCGGGGCUCUACGAGCUUUGAGUUGCUGUAUGGGCGUGCCUUCCGCUCCCAGCUUGUCCCAAUGGGAGAACAGGUGCUGUACUACCGUGCAUCGAAGCACCGUGGUGAUGUCAAGUGGUCGAAGGGAGUUUGGCUGGGGCUGCAUGAGAGAAACGGUGCUCAUCUGGUUGGGUCUGCUGAGGGGAUCCAGGAGACACGUUCGAUUCGGCGUCUUCCCGAAGAACAGCAAUGGAGCGCCGAGGCCGUGCUUGGAAUGAAAGGGCUCCCCUGGUCCUAUAUGGGCCAGGGAAAGAGGAAGCGACCUCUCUACACAGGGGCGGCGGCUGUGCGCCUACCAUUGCUGCCCGACAGUGCCACUUUGGAAGAGCUAGCCCGAGCAGCUGGGAAGGCGGCGGCCGAAGCAAUAUCGAGUGCCACUCCGGUGGCGCCACCCGCGGCUGGGCCGGGGCCAGAUGGGAAAGCCAAAGCCAACGAGCACGAGAACCGAAUGGACCACAAGAGGAAUCACAACAGCGACUUCGAGCACAAGGGGAAAGCCGAAGCCAACAAGGGCGAGAACCGGAUGGACCACAGGAGGAAUCACGACAGCGACUUCAAGCACAAGGGGGUGGUUCAGCAAUGGACGUUGGUGGUGGUGACGCGGUCCCUAGAGAUAGACCAGAGCCCGAAGGAGUGGUGUCCCCCAAAAGACCUCGUCUUCUGCUUGAUCGCCCACAGAGAAUGUCACCUAGUCCUGCUGCUUCUCCUGGUCCACGAUGAUAUCUCCAAUGCUGAGCUGGCCGGGCUCGACACGUGGGAUGACGAUCUCGAGGCGACUAUGGAGCAUGAGUGGUAUGAAGCAGGUGAGCCAGAGGAGCCUUGGUGGGAUGAGUUUGGCGACAGGCCCCCCGAGGUCACUGACGAGGAGCUUGCCAUGAUCGACAGGCGAGCCGACCUGACUGAGUUAAAGCGACUUAUGUCAAUGGGGGUGGCGCGCUUUGCCAAGGACGACGAGGACCUCAGCAGCCACGAGCUCUUGACAACGAAGCUGGUGAGAGACUGGCGCAAGCGGCCCAACUGGGUGAGGCGUUCAAGGUUGGUGGCAAGAGAGUUCAGGACCCUAGCCGCGUGGUCCAGUGACAUGUUUGCACCGAGCAGUUCCUUAGCCAUCGUGCGCACCAUGAUCGCCUAUGCCCUGACCAACAACCUCGAGAUCACAACGCUCGACGUGAAGGAUGCCUACCUCAAUGUUGACCAGCCGGGCAAGGUCAUCAUACAAGUUGCUGCGAACCUCUUCGAGGAAAAUGGCGUUGGGUUCAAAACGCUUGUUCUAGACAAGUUGCUCCCAGGGCAACGUGUGGGAGCAAGCUCCUGGUUCGAGAUGGCCAAGGGCAUUUUGCAGGAGGCCAAGAUGGAGAGCUACCCCAAGGAGCCCACGGUGUUCAAGGCAACGGACCCCGACGAGAAGACCGCGAUGAUUUUGCAUGCCGACGACGGGUAUGUGAAGAUGGCUGAUGGAGUGGCUGUUUUCUCCAACGGGAAGUACUUAGAGUCCCUUCUCAAGACGGCCGGGCCGAACCUUAAGAGACGAGAUGCGCCAGCGGACCAGACAUUCCAGGACACCGACGAGACAAAGGAGCUGGACCCAGCCAAGGCCAAGGUCUACAAGGAGUCGGUGGGGAGGCUCCUGUACUUGUCGCAUUCGCGGCCUGACAUCCAGAUGCCGGUCUGCGUGCUGGCUUCCAGAAUGUCCUCCCCAACUGCCGGUGCCUACAAGCAGCUGAUGCGCGUCAUUGGGUACCUGGCAGCGGUCCCCGACAUCGGCUUCAUGAUCAGGCCAGUGGUUUCGGGAGCAAGGCUCAGAUGGCCUGGGAAUCCGAAUGACAAUGAGGAGAUGAUCUAUGAGGUCGAGAGUGUAACAGAUUCGGAUUGGGCCGGGUGCAAGCGGUCCAGGCGAAGCCGAACCUCAAUACAGAUGUACGUCGGAGGAGGAUUCGUGGGGAGCAUGGUCCGCUCACAGCGGUCAGUGGCACUCAGCUCGGCUGAGUCGGAGUACUUAGCCCUCAUAAGUGGAGCGUGUGAGGCCAUCUUCGUCGUGGACGUCCUAAAGUUCCUGGUCGGUGGCUCUGCCCAGGUGAGGCUGACAUGCCGCACCGAUUCGGCGGCAUGCCGAGGAAUAUGCCAGAGGCUCGGCGCGGGGAGGGUGAGGCACCUGCACUGCGCGGUCCUGUGGGUGCAACAAGCAGUUCGCAACAAGCAGCUACAAGUGGCCACGGUCAGUGGAGCGGAAAACCCUGCUGACCUUGGAACAAAGCCCCUCCCGAACAGCCGCGUCAAGGAGCUACUUUGGAUGAUGGGUUGUGUCGAGAGUGAUGGCACUCCCUAUGGGCUCGAGGAGUUCGAGGCGGCAACGCAGAAGAGGAUGAUGGCCCAGAUGCUCAAGGACAUGAAGAGCAGCGGGGCCAAAGUGAACAACGUGAAGGCCCUCCUUCCACUGGUGCUUCUUCUUUCGCAGGUGAAUGGAGUGCAGGGCUUGGGCCUGGCGGCGGUGGUGCCGGUGGUUGGCGACACAGACUUCAUUGUCACCAUGGCGGUGGCGAUUGGGUUUGGAACCUUCCUCGCCAUGGUGGUCUAUGGUGUUCCCUGGGGCCUGCUGAAGCUACUUAAGUGGAGUUUCAGCCUUUUCCAAGACCAAGGAAAGCGAGGCAAGCUCGAGAACACUGCUGAGAAGGGGAUCCAGGCAAGCCGCGGCAUGAGCAAGGACGAGAGCAAGUUCAUCGAGGAGUACGUGGAACGGUGCAAUGAACUGCGCGCGGUGGUGAGUGAGCAGCGGGCUGAGUUGGAAAAGUUUGAAAGGGUGGUGCGCGAACUGCGCGCUGAGAACUAUGAUCUCUCCAGACGCCCGGAUCGAAUGCAGAUCCCACCGGAGAUAGCAGUGACGACGAGCAGAGGGGAGCGAUUUCAUCU